GUUCUGACAUGUGGAUGUAAUUUCAGAAAAAGGCAGACAGAUGCAGAGAAAUAAAACUCGAGCGCGAGAAAGAGAGUGGGGACAGUUUAAAUCGAGGCUGCAGACCGGUGACGACGAAAGCCGUGAUAACAUAUUCAUAAUCUUGUACACUCCGCUGCAAACGAUGUAAUGGGAAGGCGGACGGAGGAGAAAUGACUGACUCUUUGACGGCGCUUAAGUAGACGCGAACCUAAGAAAAUAAGCUUCCAUCAAUUUGCAUGAACUAACUUUCUGUGGCGGGAUGGGAGCCACGCUGGUCGUGCACACUUUGGGCUUUCUCAUUUGUGGCACCUUGCUGAGUUUCGUCUAUGGUCUGGUUGAUGCUGACGAUGUCCUUACAAAAGAGGAGCAAAUCAAUCUUCUUUUUAACGCCAAGCGGAAAUGUGAACGAACGAUCAAGUCCAAACAUAAAAUCCCUGAGGGUUACUGCCUACCGGAGUGGGACGGCAUCGUCUGCUGGCCCGAGGGAGCUCCUGGAAGAACGGUGUCCACUUCGUGCCCGGUGUACAUCUAUGACUUCAACCACAAAGGACAUGCCUACCGUCAGUGUGACACCAAUGGCUCUUGGGAGCUGGCUGCUAGUAACAACAGGACCUGGGCUAAUUACAGCGAGUGUGCCAAAUUCCUUGCACAUUACAACCAGAACCAAGAGAGGGAGGUUUUUGAUCGGCUUUACCUGAUCUACACAGUGGGCUACUCCAUCUCGCUGGGAUCACUUAUGGUAGCGACGGUCAUCCUCGGAUACUUUCGCCGACUGCACUGCACCAGGAACUACAUCCAUAUGCACCUGUUUGUGUCAUUCAUGCUGAGAGCCGUUAGCAUCUUUGUGAAAGACGUGGUGUUGUACUCAGGCGCCGCGCUGGAGCAAAUGGAACGCAUCACUGUGGAGGAUCUCAAGUCCAUCACCGAAGCACCUCCUGCUAACAAAAACCAGUUUAUCGGCUGUAAGGUGGCUGUGACCCUCUUCUUGUACUUCCUGGCCACUAAUUACUAUUGGAUCCUGGUGGAAGGCCUGUAUCUCCACAGCCUUAUUUUCAUGACCUUCUUCUCAGACAGGAAAUAUCUCUGGGGCUUCACUCUGAUUGGUUGGGGUGUUCCGGCGAUGUUUGUGGCCGUCUGGGCCAGCGUCAGGGCCACACUUGCUGACACUGAGUGUUGGGAUUUAAGCGCAGGAAACUUAAAAUGGAUCGUGCAAAUCCCCAUUCUCACAGCAAUUGUUAUAAAUUUUUUGCUGUUCCUGAAUAUCAUAAGAGUUUUGGCAACAAAACUUAGAGAAACUAAUGCAGGGAGAUGUGACACCAGACAACAGUACAGAAAGCUGUUAAAAUCCACCCUUGUCCUGAUGCCAUUGUUUGGAGUUCACUACAUAGUGUUCAUGGCGAUGCCCUAUACAGAAGUUUCUGGAGUGCCGUGGCAAAUCCAAAUGCAUUAUGAGAUGCUAUUUAACUCUUUCCAGGGAUUCUUUGUUGCAAUCAUAUAUUGCUUCUGCAAUGGAGAGGUCCAAGCUGAAAUCAAGAAGUCAUGGAGUAGAAGGACACUUGCUCUGGACUUCAAGAGGAAAGCUCGUAGCGGCAGUAACACGUACAGCUAUGGACCCAUGGUGUCCCACACCAGCGUGACCAAUGUGACCGCACGAGGCCCCCUGGCCCUGCACCUCACCACCCGCCUGGGGCCCGUCACCAUCAACGGCCAUCGGAACCUUCCAGGUUACGUAAAGAACGGCUCCGUCUCAGAGAACUCCAUCCCGUCCUCGGGCCAGGAGCUUCAUAUACAGGAGGAAGAACCUUCGAAGAACUUCCAAGAAGAAAAAACGACCCCGGUGGUGGAGGAGGAAAGGGAAACAGUCAUGUGACUUUAAAUACAAAUUUCUUGUGUCAUUACAUCAAGUACAUUAAAGGAUGAAAGAGUCCUUUGUUCCUCAGGAUUUUCUCACAAUUUGGGUUGUGGGACCAUCUCAGAUGUGUUGGAGAUAUCAGCAGUGAUAUUUUAAAUGAGCCACAAAGUUUUUCAAGACUGGAACUAAUACAGACACCAGGAAAUCUUAACCAGGCGUGUUUGGAGAAUAAAAACAAAUAAGGUGUUUUGUUUUGAUCAUUUCUGGUGAAUGUCUUCAUAUGUUGCACGCAAGUUUCUGCAUUGUGAUCAAACAUCGCUUUCAGGUUUUCAUCUCACCUCUGUUUAUAUAUACUGUAUAUAUACACAGAUCUGCAGAUUGUGCUCCAGGAUCAAGUCAUGUGAAACAUAUGGCAUUGUGGACAGUGAAUUGUAACUAAGAAUCUCAUAUUAUUUUCAAUACAUUUAAAAGCAAAAAAAAUUUGUGUUUGGCGCAAAUGUCUUUUUUUUGUACUGCAAAUAGAUAGCAUCUCAAAGGGUUGCCAGUAGAGGCACUUUUUUAUUAUGGUAGCAGGAUGUUGUUAGUAGAAUGUGAUAUUUAUGUGUCUCCAGGCCUUGAGCGAUUGUGUCUAGUUUAUCUGCUCGUUGAUCCAUGGAUAUUUCCUUCAUUAGUCUGGCAGGGAAAACAAAUGUUCAUUUGCUCUGAAUCUGUGCAGAUUUAUAUAGGCUUGCAUUAUUGCCAGAGUUCGGUUGGUAAGGAAGUCCAACAUUUUAUGUGUUUUGCUGAGAAAUGUACUGUGUGCUAAGCAUAAAAAUGAUAUUCUGUGUUAAAAUGGUUGAAUUUUCUUGGUCAUUUUCAUUUGAGCAACACUUUAUAAUAACUUUUAAUAAUAAAAUGUAAUUAAAGUUAAUAAUAUUGGUUAACACUAAUGCCCGGUUUUACAGACAAGGCUUAAGGCUAGUCCCAGACUAAAAUGAAUGUCUGAGCUGUCUUAACUAAAAAUAACUUGCUCUCACAUAUUUAAAAAUAUAUCAGUGCAAUUAUUUUGUCUCAAGAUGCACACUAGUAAAAAAAUGAUAGAAGUGAUUUAAAUAUGCAAAUUUAACUAUGGAAUAAUCCUGGUUUAAGCUAUGCCGUCUCUGAAACCGGGCCUAGAUGUUCAAAAAAGUAUUGGUACUUGCUCGUUUAAACUUGCCAUGAUGAUGCAAAAGUGUUGUCACUGGUUGCGUUGCUUGGGUGUUCUGGAUGCUUGAUAACUAUUCUAUUGCAUACUGGCCCAAAUGUAAAGUCUGCUCUAUAUUCAUUCAUGUUUGUUAACAUAAAGUGCUAAAUUUAACAAACCCCAACCCUAAAUAUUUAAAAAUGUUUUUAAGACAUUAAUGAAAGUUAUUAUUAUGUAGCAACCAAUAUACCUCAUUCCUUAUAUUGUUCUCCAUUUUCUUAACUCGCAUAGUUUUAAAAAUACAACAAAAUCCACCAGGAAUUCUAGGAAAUUAGGGUUUUCAUUUAUUAAAGCAGCUUUGUGAUGUGUAUGGUGACCAUUCAAGGAAUUCUUUGAACCCUUUGAAAGCAGUUGUAUUGAUUCCUUCCAUUUAAAUUUCGCACUUUCCCCUGUUAUAAUGAUAUAUAAUUAUAAUAAUAUAAAACCCUUUUGUAUUCUGCACACUUUGAUUUAGUCUCAAAAAGGCAUUUAUUAUACCUACCAUAAUUUCACUGAACUCAUGCCUUCCUCCUUUGCCACUUAUUUCAUAAUAAUGUAUUUCGUGCAUUUACGAGCAGCUGAAAAUUCCCAUUUGCCAAAUCACAAUCAUCUCAUUUUACUGCUAUUUUAACAGGAAGGGUUUUUACCUUGUAUACAUGAUUUAUGAAUAAACCUAUUAUUUAUUUGUAUUAAAUGUAGCGUCAGUAUUAUAGAUGAUCAUCAUGGUUUGUUACGUGACGUUCUGCUGCUUUUUACAUUCUUGUGCAUACAAUAAUAUUGUGGAUAUAUAAAUAGGUCUCAUUGUUUACAAAUCAUGAAAAUGUCCAUCCAGUUAUAUGAGCUAAAUGAAGACGUUUCGUUGCCAUUCUGUAAGUAUGAUGAUUAUGUAAUGAUCCUAUUCAGGAUUGUGAUUUCAUAUGCUGGCCAAUUCAUACAAUGAUUGUUUGACCAUUAACUUGAUGACUGUACAAAUACUAUACUUAUAUUUAGAACUUCGCUUUCAAAUGGAACGUUAAUGUGCUAUUCAAAGCUAUGUUAAUAUAAUCAAAUUCAGUUUUUUUAAGCAUUGGUUUUAAAUGAGCACUUUAAAUUUCAAAGGGUGUUUUUACUUCUGAUCGAUAUGUAAAAAUAUACACAUGUAAUCGGCUUUUGUUUAUGUACAUAACCCAAUCCUGACCUUGAGUUAGAAGACCGAUUAUGCUAAUACUUGUUCAUUUUACCAUUGAACUUGAAGCGUUUUGAUUGGUUUCGUCAAAUAUAAUCUAUUUUCGCACUUUAUACGCCUUGAUACUAGGUCAGGCUGUAUUUUUCCAUCAUUCCCUCAUGUUCUCAGAGAACAGUUCAGUGUUAUUCACAUUUUCGAAAAUUUCCUUAGAAUAUUUUAAUUCAAAUAAUUCAAAUGUUACAUGCUACUUUGUUGUUCAUAUUACCCUUUUUUGUAAGAACAUCAGUAUUGUAUUUAGUGCAGAUA